AUGAGCUCCAAAAAAGAAGUCCUCAUAAUCGGAGGCGGGAUAUCCGGCCUCGGCAUGGCCAUCCAGCUCAAGCGCCUCCUCGGCCACGACAACUUCACACUGUACGAGAAGUCCGACAACAUCGGCGGCACCUGGUGGCACAACCACUACCCAGCCUGCGCAUGCGACAUCCCGAGCCAUUUCUACUCGUACAGCUUCGCGCCGAACCCGGACUGGUCGAGCAUGUAUCCCGGACGUGAUGAGUUGCAUUCAUACUUCUUCUCCGUCGCCGAGAAAUUCAACAUCCUCCCCCACUGCCGCUUCAACACGACAUGCAAAAACAUGCUCUGGGACGACGCCCGCCAACUCUGGAUCUGCACCUUCGAAGACGGCGUGACGGGGAAAACCUUCGUCCACGAAGCCCCCGUCGUCGUCAGCGCGAUCGGAACGCUCGACCGGCCCAAUGUCCCCGAGAUCGAGGGCGCGGGGAAGUUCCAGGGCAAGAUCUUCCACAGUGCGCGGUGGGACGACUCGGUGGCGCUGAGGGGGAAGAAUGUGGUGGUGUUGGGGAACGGGGCGUCGGCGACGCAGUUUGUGCCCGAGAUCGUGAAGGAGGUGGCUCCGAGGGGGAAGGUCGUGCAGUUGGUUAAGAGUGCGCAUUGGUGGACGAAGAGGGGCAACCCAGUCUACUCCAGCACCUGGAAAGCACUCAUGAGAUACGUCCCCCUCGCGACCAGAAUCUACCGCAUCUAUCUCGCAUGGCAACUCGAAAGCGUUUUCUACUCCUUCCUCAUGAACGACAGCGGGCUGCGGAUGCGGAACAAGAUCCGCAACGCGACUCGAGAAUACAUCGAGAACGACGCGCCGAGACAGUACCACGAGAUCCUGAUGCCAGACUACGAGCCGGGCUGCAAGCGCCGCGUCAACACCGCUACCUACCUUGCCUCGCUGCACUCCCCGAACAUGCACCUCGCCAAAGACCGAGUCGUCAAGAUAGGUGAGAAGCACGUCCAGACGGAGACCGGGGCGACGUAUCCUGCCGACGUUAUCAUCUACGCCACGGGGUUCGCAACCCAGAAAUGGCUUUUCCCAAUGGACAUCAAAGGGGUUGGUGGCCGUGAUAUCCACCAGCUGUGGGAUGCUGCCGGCGGCGCGGAGGCGUACAAGGGCACUGUUGUCUCUGGCUUCCCCAACCUCUUCAUCUUGUACGGUCCAAAUGCUGCGACGGGACAGCACUCCGUCAUCUUCCACUCAGAAUGCCAGAUCAACUACAGCUGCCGCUUGCUGAAGCCCGUUCUCUGCGGACGCAACCAUGCGGACUCGAUUAUGGUCAAGCCGGAUGCACAGGCUCGUGACUUGAAGUGGGUGCAUGGGAAACUGAAACAUCUAGUGUUCAAUAGCGGUUGUCGGAGCUGGUGGAUGGACCCGAAGACGAAGAAGAAUACGUUCAUUUAUCCGGAUCCGAUGUUCAAGUAUUGGCUACGUACGAUCUUCCCAACCUGGUCUGAUUUUGAAAUAAGGAAGGACAGAAGAGUGCAGAAGAAAACGUCUGGUGGACUGUGGAUUCUGGUCUUACUAGGGCUUGGAACAGUGACGUGGACAUCAUCGGCGAAUUAUAUAGAUCAGUCUGUCUUGAAGAGUUACUUGGACCAUUUUAUUAAAAGAAGCAUGUCUUUGGUAUAG